CCAUCAACUCAGGGUCAGCUCAAGAUGCCUCCAUAUUCUCAAAGGAACAAGGUUCCCACUAUCCAAAAACUUGGUGAAGAGCUUGCCCAGCGUCUGAACCUCCAGAAAUCCGAUGCAUCCAAAGCAGCUUCUGGAAAAGACUCAGAAAAGAUCGCAGCAGCAAAGGCAGCUUCUCGACGACGAGUGAUCGAUCCAACAACGAAGAACGAAGUCCUUAUUCAAGAUGUUGAUGGAUCUUUUGAGCAAGCAAUUCGGAGACCAAAGAUCACUGUUCCCAAUCCUGAUAGGCGGGCAACUGGAGAUGGGGAGGCCUACAGACAGACACUGGACGACCUAGCACCGCCAGAAGCCGACCCGAACAGAACGAAGGAGUAUUUACAACACUCGAAGAAUAAAGAGGUUCUGUACCACCCUCUCCCACUGGCAGAUCUCAAGGCUGCUUUCUAUGCCUUGGAGGGAGCUGUGCAGCAGACCACUAUUGCGGUCCUUGUUGGGAUUGUGGCCCUGAGUUGGAUAUUUGUGGGAGGUUGGAAAGGCCUCAUCAGUUCUCUCUUCGCUGGAGUCACCGUUGCUUGUGGAAUUCACCUCUGGCUUCGAAAUAUCCAAGAAAAUGCAAAUGCCGUCAACUGGGACGCUGAACGCAGGCGUGCUACUGCUGCGACUGAAAGUCUCCUGCCUGAGUCUGUCGAGUGGAUGAACUCGCUUGUUGGAAUUGUGUGGAAGUUGAUCAAUCCUGAAAUGUUCGCUGCCGUGGCAGACACACUCGAAGAUGUAAUGCAAGCAUCUGUUCCACCGGCCCUGAUCCAGAACGUCCGAGUUUCGUCGAUCGGUUUGGGAGACCAGGCCUUCAAGAUCUUAUCUUUGAGAUCGCUACCAAGUGCCGAAGAGGAGACUGACGCGAAGCACAAGGCGGCUGGAAAAGAGCCAACAGCUGAAGAAAAGGCAAAGAAAGCAGAACAACGCAAGUUAGAAGGGGAAGACGUCGAGGGUGCCAAGUACUACAACCUCGAAAUGUCGUUUGCAUAUCAUGCAAUUCCCGCCAAAGGCGUCAUCGGUAAGGCCAAGAACUUGCAUUUGGAAGUCGUCUUCUAUCUAGGAGUUCAAGGGCUUGUCGGCAUCCCACUUCCCAUCUUCGUCGAGCUGAAUGGAAUUAUCGGAACUAUUCGACUGCGAUUCCAGCUCACGCCGAAUCCUCCGUUUCUCAAGAAUCUGACUUUCACGUUCAUGGGCUUGCCGAAGAUUGAUGCAUCAGCUGUACCCUUGACAUCGAAGGGUAUCAAUGUGCUUAACUUGCCACUCAUCUCUGGUUUUGUUAAUUCCUCUAUCGCAGCUGCUUUAGAUGUUUACGUCGCCCCAAAGUCAUUGAUCAUGGACAUGUCCAAGAUGCUACAGGGUGAUGCUGUGAAAAAGGAGACCGAUGCAAUGGGUUUGAUCUACAUUAAAUUGAAGCGGGCAGAAGGAAUUGCAGCCCAGGACAAGUCUGGCAAGAGCGACCCGUUCAUCACUCUCGCAUUCUCACAAUUCGGAAAACCGGUAUACUGUACACGCAUCAUUGAACAGGACCUCAACCCGAUUUGGAAUGAGCAAACUUGCUUAUUGAUCUACCAAGAUCAGCUGACGGCUGGCGAGAGACUCUCUGUCGAGCUCUGGGAUUCCGAUAUGGUCACCGCAGAUGACGUAGUCGGAAAAGUCAGCUUCGACCUCCGGGAACUGAUCAAAAACUACAGCAACCGGAUCGAAGAGCGGGUAGAUGAACUCAAGGAUGACAAAGGCGAGACCUUGCCCGGCAAGCUCUACUGGGAUAUUGGAAUGUUCCCCAGGUCCCAAUUCAAGGAGUCAAUGAGAUCUGACGGAAAGAACGUUGCUCUACCAAAGGAAAUUCGGGAUCGACCAGAAUUUCAAGACGACAAAGGAAUCGUAACUACACAGCAUGAGAUCGACGUCACUACCACACCUCCGGAUCCCAGCUUGCCUUCCGGUAUCUGCUCUCUGCUUAUCCAUGAAGUUGAGAACCUCGAGAUUGAAAGACCGAGUGGAAGUUUUGGGUCGUACAAGCCUUGGACACCAGCUCAAAUCACUGGUGAAAAUACGGAUGAAGAAGCUGAUGACUUGCCAUCCUCUUACUGCACCAUUCUUCAAAACGAUGAUUUGGUUUUCAAGACCAGGACCAAAGUCAAAUCGUCAAAUCCCAUCUUCAAUGCACAAACUGAACGGUUUGUUCGCGAUUGGAGAUCAAGUAUCUUUACCGUCACUUGUAGAAACAGCGUUCACCGAGAGCAUGACCCGAUCCUUGGCGCUGUUACAAUCAAGCUGAGCGAGGUAUUACAGACUUCUUCACAAAGCACUGCCAUUUAUGCGUUGGAUGGCGGAAUGGGAUAUGGUCGGAUCAUGAUCUCGGUUCUAUUCCGCUCUGUCGAUCUCAAAUUGCCACCAAAUCUCCUGGGAUGGGAUUUGGGAUCUGUUGAGGUUCUCGGUGAAAAUGUAACUGCAGAAGACUCCACCGGCGUCCUUGCCGGAACCAAAAUAGUUCUCAAUACCGAUGUUGGCAAAGGCGCUAUUUCGAGGGACUGGGUUAACAAGAGUGAGCAGAGUGCUUCAUGGGACUUGAAAUAUAUCAAGGAAGGAACCAACGAACUUCACAAACAUAGGGUCAUCGUACCCGUUCGACGCCGUUACCAAGCUCCUCUCCGUCUCGAAUUUUUCUCCUUCAAUUCCCGACACCCCACUGCAUAUGCCAUGUACUGGCUUUCGGACCUCGUCGAUAAUACCGUGACGGAGUUAACGCUCCCGGUGUACAAGGCGGACAAAGCCAACUCGAAAUCACUGACGCAAAACUACCUCACCGAUGUCAACAAGGAGAGAAACGACAUCGAGGCGGCGAAAAUCGGCACCGUGAAAUUGACGGUGCGAUUCAAGAUGGGGAUGGACAACACGCACUACCAGUGGGUAAAAACAAACGACGAGCACGAGACCUAUGAAUCGUGGCAAUGCAGCGUUGCUGAAGGAUACCGGACCCGAAUUGUCAAGCGUGAGACCCCAAAGCCUAUCCAAGAUCUCGUCGAUCAAGGGAGAAUCGACGGAGCGAGCUCAAUCGUGAGCUCCAACCCGGGAGAUGACAUGAAAGACAAAGACGAGCACAGCCCAGUCCGCAUCCCCCGCGAAGCCCCCGGCUCCGAGAAAGAAAUUGACGACCCUCCCACCGACCCCCGCGAUGAACGCAGCAAGGAAUUCGGACAAGAACUCACACAGUACGCAUCCUCCAUCACUUCUAUAAUCUCCGACGACGCUUCAUCCCUGGGCGUGCAAGAGGAUCUCACGGACUCGGAGAUCGAAGACGAGGAGUUGAAGAAGAGGAGAGAGAACCAGGAUAAGAAAGCAGCCAAAGCGGAUUUGUAUAGGAAGCAAAGAGGGAUUAUGAAUAUCAAGGCGGUGAGACACCUGAAGUUUGGGAAGGAUGAGGUUAAGGUAUUGGGACAUAAGAUCAAGGGACGAUUAAGUAUGAAGGGUCGUGAGCCUGGAGUUGAGACUGAGUUGUGAGCUUGCUGGAUGGGCUGCGAAGUGGGUUGUUGGAGCGAGUAGAGAAUGAGAGAUUGCGCUGAAUAUUGCAAUUGUAAAAGUACGAGGUCAGGAGGAUCACGUGACACCACAGACACAGAACUCUCUUUUAUCUCUCAUAGGCUUUUUAUGCCUUACUCUUACUCAUUAAGCUCUUUAACUCUGUUUACGAGUUAUUCCAAGCCUUACUUUUAUAUUUUAAACUCUCUUUUAUAAAACCCUCUCCUUAUUAGAUAUAGC